GUCAGCUUCCAAGAUCUCCUCCUGCUCUCCUAGAUCUCGAUCCUGUCCUCCCGUGCUUCAUCCAAUGGAGCAAAGAGCCAGUAUACCGCCAGGUCUGCCCCGCGACAAUCCCAUCCAGAGUUACUGGCAAGAUCCUCCCGAUGAAAUAGCAGAUUGCCGGACAACCCCAGAACUCCCUAAUGAGGUUGAUAUCGCCAUCAUUGGCUCUGGAGUCAGCGGCGCCUCUAUAUCCUACAACCUGCUCUCUUCGAAUCCAGACCUCAAGGUCGUCCUUCUAGAGGCACGUCAAGCUGCCAGUGGUGCCAGUGGCCGGAAUGGAGGUCACACUAAGACAGCUACCUAUCGAUCUUUCCUCGACAAUGUUCAAACCGUGGGUGCGGAAGAUGCCAUGAAGAUCACCAACCUGGAAUACAACUGCAUGGUCUCAGUACACAAAUUCGCCCGCGAGAACAACAUUGGUUGCGACUCUGUCAGAUGUCAAACCAUUGACGUCUUUUACGACGAGAAACAGUUCCAAAAUGCGCGAGAAUCGGUCUCGCUGAUGGAGAAGUUGAUGGGCAAGGGAAACGCCCCGGAGCACAUUUUCCACAACAGCCAGGAAACGGCCGAGAAAUUUCUGGCACCGAACAGUGUGGGAGCGCUUGAGUACGAAUCAGGGAGUCUGAGCGCGUACAAGUUUACCAUUGGCGUGCUAAAGCUUGCUUUGCAAAAGGGACUGAAUCUUCAAUGCAACACUCCUGCGAACAGCAUAUCCAAAUCACCCACGGAUGGAAAGUGGACCAUAUCGACACCACGUGGCAAUGUCAAAGCCAAAACCCUCGUCCUAGCUACAAAUGGCUAUACUGCACAUCUCUAUCCGCAACUGCAAGGCGUGAUCGUUCCGUUGCGGGGAGUAGUGACUGCCCAACGGCCGGGGCAAAAUAUGCCCCAGAAGGGGCUGGAAACGACAUACUCCUUCGUUUACAACGACGGCUUCGAGUACAUGAUCUCCCGCCCUGCCGGCUCUAGAUUCGAAGGUGACAUUGUGAUCGGAGGCGGUAUGCACGUUGCAAAAGACGAGGGAACGUCCGAGUACGGGAAUACUGAUGAUACCACCUAUGACAAAAACAGCGCAGACUACCUCUCAGAAUGCACGGAACGAUACUUUGGUACUAGGAAUUGGGGCAAAGAUAACCCGGAUGGCCGAUGUCGACGAAUCUGGUCAGGCGUCAUGGGCUUCUCGUGCGAUGGGUAUCCCUUUGUAGGGCCAGUACCCGGUGAGGAAGGGCUAUAUUUGGCAGCUUCGUUUCAAGGACAUGGCAUGGUCUUGUGUUUCCUGUGCGCAAAGGCAGCCGCAAGCAUGAUCAAAGGGGCAGAUGGCGAAGAGCUGAAGAGUUGGUUUCCUGCUUGUUACAGAGUGACUGCGGAGAGGAUGAGGAAGAAGUCUGGGGGCCGCUUGAGGGCUUCAGGUGCCCCUGAGCCAGAGCCCGUCGAAAAUGGAGUGCAUUAAUGCACAAGGAACCAGCUGUUGGACAUCAAGAUCCCUUUGCAUGGAGAAAGUGGAGCAAUGUUCAUGUUCUAAGACUUGUUCACAUAGAGGAAAUAUAUAUUUCAGCUUUGAGAGAUCCAAUACUGUGGACCCAGGAAGAUUCGGCCUCCCAGCCGCAACCACCAUCCAACAACAUGAU